ACUUUUGAAUCUUGGUGAAUGGCGUGAUCAUAAAGACAACAACAAGAAAUUCAUUCAUCAAGUUUCAUUUCUGGAGAACAAGAUGACGGACAAGCGAUUCAUUUUAGCGAUAGACAUUGGAACAACAACGAUAAGAGGACAUGUGUAUGACGAGAAAGCAGAGUUGAUAGGACAAUGUUUGCAGAAGUUGGACUUUUGUGUACCAGAAAGGGGCCAUGUAGAAAUCAUUCCUGAUGUCCUCUGGUCGCAGUUCCUAGCUGUAGGAAGAGAAGCAAUAAAAGAUUCCAGGGUUCCAGUCGAGCAAAUUGCAUCUAUAGGAAUCUCGACACAGAGGGCGACGUUCACAACGUGGAACAAGCGCACAGCCUCCCACUAUCACAACUUCAUCUCAUGGAACGACACCCGAGCAGCUCAGUUCACAGAUUCAGUCAACAGAGCGAUUACUUUCAGGGCCAUGAAGGCUGGUGCCCGAGUUAUUAAAUGGUUAACUGGAAGCAGAAGAUACGAGGCUGCCAGUGUGCUGUCAUUCUCUCCUCAACUGACUAUCGUGAGGCUGUGUUGGGUCCUUGACAAUAUAACUGGGGUUCGAGAGGAUUUGCAGAAGGGGGAGGUCCUAUUUGGAACAAUAGAAACUUGGCUUGUGUGGAAAAUGACCAAAGGAAAAGUGCACGCCACAGACCCCUCCAAUAUAAGUUGCACAGGCCUUUAUGAUUUGUAUAUUUCUAGUUGGAACAGUAUUCAUAUGUCUUACCUUGGUCUUCCACGCUCACUGCUGCCUGAAGUUAGAGACACGAGUGGAGACUUUGGAGUUUGUGACUCGGGGUUGUUUGGUGCAGAUAUUCCUAUCAAUGCUGUAGUUGGAGACCAGCAAGCUGCUUUGUUUGGUCAGUGCUGCUACAAGUCAGGUGACAUGAAAAUCACCUUGGGAACAGGAGCGUUUGCAGUCGUCAACACGGGCAAGACACCGUCAGUACCCGCCCAAGGUGCAUACCCUUUGAUUGGCUGGAAGAUCAAAGAUGAGAUCUGUUACAUCACAGAAUGCAACCAAUCAGAUUGCGGGACUAUAGUGGACUGGGGCCAAUCCAUGGGGUAUUACAGCAGCCCAGCAGAAACUGAAGACAAAGUGAAAUCUGUUGAUGACAAUGGUGGCGUGUAUUUUGUGCCGGCUUUCAAGGGCUUGCAAGCCCCAAUCAAUGAUAACUGUGCGUGUGCCUGUCUCAUUGGGUUGACACCCAGGACGACUCCAGCGCACGUCACAAGAUCACUGCUGGAAUCAAUAACAUACAGAGUAAAGCAGCUGUAUGAUGUUGAAAUGAAGGAGAGUAGGGUCAAGCUGAACCAGGUCAUCAGAGUUGAUGGUGGAGUCAGUCAGAAUGAGUUCAUCUUACAGUCCAUGGCCAAUCUUCUAGGGCAACCUAUUGAGCGCCCCACCAACCUGGACAUGUCGUGCCUCGGGGCUGCCUUCCUGGCCGGUCUAGCUACAGGAAUCUGGAAGAACAAAGAGGAACUCCGGGGCCUGAGAAAACUGGAUGCUGUCUUUGAGCCCAAGUCCAUCACGACAGAAGAGCAGGAGUUCCAGACCUGGGAACGCGCUUUGAAGCGCGGUAUGGCAUGGUAUAAAAGCUGAUCAGUGCAGCAGUACAAGACUGUUCGAUGACAAUCCUGUCUAGUCAAUAUCCUAUGCAAAUCUAAUUUUCAAUUCCAACCCGGGGCCAGUCAGUAUAAGUAACCCUAACCUUAAACCUAACCUGAACUCUAACUCUAACCCUAUCCCUAACCCUAACCCUAACCCUGACCUUAAAACCAACCCUGACCGUAAAACCAACUUCACUACCCAAAGCUUGACCUAAAACCCAAAUGCAAUUCUAACCCUAACCGUUAUAUUUUUGAUGCCAUAAAACUUGGGGCAGUAGUUGCUGGAGAACUGUUACAACUCAUCUGGUAACAAUUGCUCCAUUGUCAAUCAUCAACAUCAUCUUUGAGCCAAUUGCCGGCGAAUCUUCUCGCCUCGCUCAGUACAACAAAAUGAAACACCCCUGUUACAGACAUCGGCAGUCAUGGCCCACUGUCAAUAUCCUAAACUAACUGGAGUCAUAACUUCAACCCUGGACCUAAUGCUAAACCUAACCCGAGACCCUAACCCUAAACCCUAACACCAAC